AUGGCUACUGUUGAUAUUCCGCUUUCUCCUCCUCUCGAUGGCUCCAUCCCUGUGCUUCCCGGAUUCUUGGACUUCCAUGCACAGCACAAUCCUACUCGUCCUAUGUAUCACCUAAUCUCUGAGGACGAGAAACUUAGCAACACGACAAUAUCCUUCCAGCAGUUUGCAUACGCCACGCACCGGGUAGCCCGUCUCUUCCACUCGAUACAUUCAACACCUGGAAGGCCUGUGGUCGCUUUGUUGAUAAACUGCGAUACAGUCCUCUACCAUGCACUAUUAGUUGGCCUGGUGCGCGCAGGUCUCGUCCCGUUCCCCAUAAUGCCUCGCAAUUCCGCUCCUGCGGUUCUCAACAUGCUCGAGCGCAUCGGCUGUCAUCAUGUCAUAUUCCAGCCUACGUUUGCGCACCUCGUCGAUGCUGUCCGGUCAUCAAACACAGAAUACCAAGUGCACGUUCAUGACCUGCCAGAUAUCACCGACAUCUUUCCGGAACUCGUCAACUCCUCUGUCACUGAGGUCCCUGAAGCAUACACGAUGCCUGCUCCGCCCUCGCCGUCUGAUGUUCUAUUCUAUCUUCACUCAUCUGGGUCCACGGGCUUUCCAAAACCCAUCCCUCAGACACGGAACACUUUGUUAUCCUGGUCUCGAUCGUCGUCUCUUGUGGAUGCCAGAGAUCGGGGCUUGCAUUUCGGUCCCAUGGCACUGCCCGCGUUCCACACGCUUGGGGUCAUCAUUCAAUUGUGUGCUCCCCUCGUGUCCGGUCAAUACGCUGCCUUGUUCUUUCCUCGAGCACAUCGUUCGCUGCCACCGUUGGUCCCAACUCCGGAGAAUACUGUUGCGGCUGCACGCCGUGCGCGCAUCGACGUGCUCGUCUUCGUUCCUACAUUUCUCGAAGCCUUGGCAAGAGACGACAAAAGCGUACAGUACCUCGCAUCACUACCCGCGGUGUGCUUCAGCGGCGGUCCUCUAGCUGAUGCUACGGGAGCAACACUAGUAUCCGCAGGUGUCAAUUUGUAUCCAAUAUACGGCGGUACCGAGUUCGGUGCGCCUGUGCGCAUAUUCGACUUUGAUGAUGACCCGAACAACACAUGCGCUGUCAAGAGCAAGGCGCGCAUUGAUUGGAAAUAUAUGCAAAUAGUCAAGGAAUGCAAUCCGCGCUGGGUGCCACAGGGCAAUGGUACGUACGAGCUGCAGUUUCUGUCUUGUCCCGGACAUCAGUUGGGCGUGGAAAAUCUUCCAAAUGGCGAGCAUGGAUAUGCAACGUCUGACCUAUGGGAGCCACACCCAUCAAAGCCAGGCCUCUGGCGAAUCGUUGGUCGCAAAGACGACCUCAUCAUCCUCAGCGAGAAAGUAACGGUCGAACAAGAAUACUCUAUCGGUUCGAGCCCCUUAGUGCAGGGAGCUCUCAUGUUUGGGCGAGGUCGCGCGCAAAUCGGGCUGCUUGUUGAGCCCCAACCAAAUGUAGCGAUUUCUCCGCAAGACGAGUCGGUGCUUGCUCAGUUUCGGAAUGCUCUAUGGCCGGACGUGGAAAAGGCUAAUCGCGUGAUGCCGGCAUUCGCUCGCAUUUACAAGGAGAUGAUUCUGGUGACGGACGCGUCGCGUCCCUUGGUUCGUGCGGGGAAAGGAACGGUCAUACGCGCCCCAUCACUCGCACUGUACGAGAAGGAAAUCAAUGCUCUCUAUGAAGCAGUAGAGCAAAGCUCGAGUUCCGAUGCCGCUCACCCACCACCUUCCUGGAAAGGGUCAGAUCUAACGAGUUGGCUGAUCGAUCAAGCGACAUUGUUGAAUGAUCACCGGUCGAUUGACAAAUCCAGAGAUCUCUUCGAGCAAGGGUUUGACAGUUGUUUCAGCCUCAGUGCAACCUUCUUGCGCAACAAGAUCAUAGGCGCACUCCGAGCGUCGCCCGACCCUGCGGCCAGCUCUGCUGCCCUUGAGAUUCACUCCGACUUUGUCUUCUCUCAUCCCACAGUGGGUGAACUCGCUGAUGCGAUCUCCAAGCUAGUGCAUCCGGAAGAGUCUACCAGCAUGCAUACGCAAUCUCCAGAAGAGCAAAUAGCCACGCUAGUAGAGAAAUAUACCGCCAGCUUGCCACCAGCGCCCAAGUUUGACAACGUUGACCGUUCUCGUCAUGCAGUCGUUAUGAUCACUGGAACGACCGGGAAUGUAGGAGCAAACGUUCUUGCUCAAGCUCUCGCGAACGAGCGAGUGUCGCGUGUCGUUGCGGUCAACCGCGGUUCAUCUCUGUUGGAGCGGCAUCGAAAGACGUUUGCUGCUGCUAAAGUGCCUCUUGAACUUCUCUCAAAUAGGAAGCUCGUUCUCUUGGGAGUCGAUUUUGAUAGGGAUGACCUAGGGCUGGAAGAAGCUGUCCUUCAAGAGCUUCGUUCUUCCGUGACACACGUUGUCCACUCAGCGUGGCGAGUGGACUUCAAUUUGAAGCUUUCCUCCUUUGAAAGCAACAUCAGUGCCGUAGUGCGACUCAUGACAGCGCUACCGAGAGCACAUCUCAUCUUCACAUCCUCCAUCUCCGCUGUACAGUCAUGGAAUAUGGCAGAACGCGGUCCGAUUGUACCGGAAAGGCCUAUUGAAGAUUCGGCUGUAGCUGCCGGAACUGGGUACGGGAUGUCAAAGUAUGUUGUCGAGCAGAUACUCUCCAAGGCCAAUAGCGCUGGUUGGCGCACUACUGUCGUCCGCAUUGGGCAGGUGUGUGGUUCGGCCGACACCGGUACGUGGAACACCGCAGAGUGGGUUCCGAUCCUCGUCAAGAGUAGCAUGGCUCUUGAAUCCUUCCCUGCCAUGGAUGGGGCCGUCUCGUGGAUUCCAAUAUCAGCGCUCGCCUCUAGCAUCAUGGAUCUCGUGAUGGCUGAGCACCCUCCCGAACUGAUCAACUUGGCGCAUCCUCGACCAAUUCCAUCUCACGACGUUUUCCAUGCGAUCGCCGUUGCUUUGGGGAUUGAUCUGCCCGUCAUAUCGAUGGAGAGAUGGAUCGCCAAGCUUGAAGACUCUGCAAAGGACUCAUCAAUAAAGGGACUUUCCGACAUCCCUGCUAUCAAAUUGCUCGACUUCUUCCGAACUCGUGCCGUGCAAACGAAGGAGGCCCAAGAUGCGGGCGUAGAAACCGUCGAAAUGGGCGGCCUCCCCCUGAUGGCAACUUCUGAAGCCGUUCGAGCUUGUCCGACCCUCAAGGACCUGGAGCCCCUAUCGCAGAAGCAUGCAUCAGCAUGGGUGCGAUUUUGGAGGAGCGAAGGCUUCAUUGCGUGA